UUAUAUCAUAAUGGAUAAAUUCCGAAACAUAUGUAAAUUAUUGCGCCAUUGGUAAGACAAAACCGAAUGUUUCUAGGCAUUACACGUUUGGCUCUAUGAUUCCUUUACACGUGUGUGUGUGUAUAUAUAUACUCCAACACAAGCCAAGAGAGGCAAAGAAACUCGAGAGAGAGAUGAGUUGGCUCCUAAAAGAAAGAAGAGGACCGGCAUGGAAGCGAGGAUGGUUAGAACAAACCCUACUGACGUUAUCACCACCGCCGCUCCAGCUACUGGCCCUCUUCGCCAUCAUCUCUCUGCUUCUCUUCCUUUCUUCAUAUCCACGCUACAAGUACCAAGUGGAGAAAACUGCAACGAACCUCAAGCUCUUCCUCUUGUUCCUCCCCAUGCUGUUCGUCUUGGUCGUCUUCUUCAUCAGCUUCUUCCACAAACUCGUCUCGCCUUCCUCUUACUAUAUCAGGACCAAACGGGGGGAGCCGGUUUUCGGGAUCGGUGGUGAGUUUCCUUGGGGGAUAACGGUUAUAGUAAUUCUUCUUCUUGUGUUGGUCUCUAAACAAUCGUACUUUCACUCUCUGUGGUAUCCCACCCUUUGGUAAUUUUACGUUUUUCUUGUGAAGAAUGAUAAUAUAUAUGAGAUAUACUAUCUUACAUUUUGGCUUCCGACAAGAUCUGCGGAAUAAACAUUGUACUUCCCAGCUCACCAAAUAAUAUAUAUGAUACGACACAUGGGCUCGGAAUAUCUGCCGAACGACCACAUACAUACACGUGAGGAUAUCAAUGACGAGCUCAUGACGGACGAAACUCGAGCUGCUGCAGCCCCUAUCUUGUCGGAAACCAAAAUCUUGCAGCACACAGAGAAGGAAACGAGACAACCAGUCAAGGGAAGAAGAGCAUCUAAUGUUAUGUAAUAUUUUCUGCAGAUUCUGUGCUGUCAAGUUGAUACAAUAUGGGUGUCUUCUCCUACAGCUUUUUCUGUAUAAGUAUACGCCUUUAUUCAUAAGAAAAAUAAUAAGACUGCAUAAGAACAGAAAGUCAUCUUUACCUC